UCUCCUCCGCGCGCGUCCAAAGGGCGCCGAGGUUCCCGCGCCUUCCUUCCCUUCCUCAGGGACCGGAGCCUCGCGAGCGCUGAGGGCAGGCGGCGGCGGCGGCGGCGGCGGGCUGGCGCCGGGUGCGAGCGCGAGGCGCUGGCGGGGGAAGAUGCUGCAGUCGCUGGCCGGCAGCUCGUGCGUGCGGCUGGUGGAGAGGCACCGCUCGGCCUGGUGCUUCGGCUUGCUGGUGCUGGGCUACGCGCUCUACCUGGUCUUCGGCGCCGUGGUCUUCUCGUCGGUGGAGCUGCCCUACGAGGACCUGCUGCGCCAGGAGCUGCACAAGCUGAAGCGGCGCUUCGUGGAGGAGCAUGAGUGCCUCUCCGAGCAGCAGCUCGAGAGCUUCCUGGCGCGAGUCCUGGAGGCCAGCAACUACGGCGUGUCGGUGCUGAGCAACGCUUCCGGCAACUGGAACUGGGACUUCACCUCGGCCCUCUUCUUCGCCAGCACCGUCCUCUCCACUACGGGUUAUGGACACACCGUGCCUUUGUCAGAUGGAGGGAAAGCCUUCUGCAUCAUCUAUUCCAUCAUUGGAAUCCCCUUUACACUGCUUUUCCUGACAGCAGUGGUGCAGCGCAUUAUUGUCUAUGUAACAAGGCGGCCUGUGCUGUAUUUCCAUGUCCGCUGGGGUUUCUCUAAGCAGAUAGUUGCCAUCAUCCAUGCGGUGAUUCUGGGCUUCGUUACUGUCUCGUGCUUUUUCUUCAUCCCAGCAGCAAUAUUUUCUGUCCUUGAAGAUGAGUGGAACUUCCUGGAAUCUUUUUACUUCUGCUUCAUUUCGCUGAGCACCAUUGGCCUUGGUGACUAUGUUCCAGGAGAAGGUUACAACCAAAAAUUCAGAGAGCUGUAUAAAAUAGGAAUUACAUGUUACCUGCUGCUGGGCCUCAUUGCAAUGCUGGUGGUUUUAGAGACUUUCUGUGAACUUCAUGAGCUCAAAAAAUUUAGGAAAAUGUUCUAUGUGAAGAAGGACAAGGAAGAGGACCAAGUGCACAUAGUAGAACACGACCAACUCUCCUUCUCUUCAAUUUCAGACCAGGCGGCUUCUUUGAAGGAAGAUCAGAAAAUAAAUGAACCUUUUGUGACCCCACAGUCUGCAGUUAACUGUGACGGCUGCAUAAACAAUUAACCAAGGGCUUCCGUUUCAAUAUCAACCGUGCACUUACAUCCCUUCAGUUAGAACUAGCACCAUUAAUGAAACUAUAGAGGCAGAAGGCUAUGCUAUAUUAUCAAGUACUCAUUGCUGGGAAUACUUUUAAAGUGUAUGAGCCAAGUAAAGCUCUUUUUAGCUGGAACAACAUUAUGGGAAUGUUGGCUGGUGGGGGGGGGGAAUAUGCAUUUGGGA